CUCAUUGAUACUGCCGCCGAGACGCAGGGGCACAAGGGCCGUCGAAGGGCUCCGGGCGCUUUGCUGCGGCCCUUCGGCUUUAAAAGGGUCUCCAUGGCGACGGGACGGCAGCCCGCGCGCCCUCGAACAGCUGCGAGGCGACGCUUCCGCGUUGCUUAAAGGCGAGCGACCGCGGCGCCAGGACCGCUGGCCCGGCGCUGGCGAGGAAGUCAGGUCAGGGCGUAUAGUCCAUCCACGGUAACCUCCUACUUUUUUAAACGAACCUUUGAAAAAACACACCAGGAUGCAGCAUGUUUGGUUCGUUUGCAAAAAUACUUUCCAUCAUAUGCAUAUUAAACAUGCAUUAACACUAAAUUACCGUAUAAUGAUGUUAAAUAAAAUUUUACAAAAAAAGUAACUAUCUAUGUACAAUAUUAUUAAUAUUAAUGAUCUCGCAUGUGUGUAAAUGAAACAGUGAGAGAAGUGGUGUGUUGGCAAUGAUUAGAACGAAAUAGUUCCAUAGCCAAAAUAUAUAUUUUUUGACUUUCCGCGUGUAUUUAAGAAUUUGUUUGGGUAUUUGUUAAGUUUGAACAUUUUUUUAAAUCUCUGGUGAAAUAAAAACGUUAUGUUAACGGUAAAAAAAUAUUACGUGCCGAAACCGUGGUCGCGCAUUAAUAAUGUUAAUAGUCACUUGUUUGUUUUCUCUUUCAGCCGCUUUCAGCAGCUCUUUAAGCAGUCUGCAGACUGUACGCCAUUUUGCAGUGUGUUUUAAUAUAUUACUGACCGUGAAAUAACGUACAGUUUGUGUUUCAGGAUUUUGUGUUAAUAUUGUGUAUUUUAACUUUGUUAUAUUAUUUAUUAUCUACUAUUGUAAUGAUGGAAUUUGUUAUCGUUUUGAUAUUUUGUGUGGUUCUUGUGAUUGCUGUAAUGGUAAUUGGUUCCGGGAUGGGGAAAGCUACUUCGUCGCAGCGUCAGAUGGACAUCAUUAACGUCGCUCAGAACUUAUAUCUUUUAAUUAGGAAAGGCGACUUGAAGAAAUGUGACGUUACGCAGACGACCGCGUUUCUUCUCAACAUCGCAAAGUCAACUGUUCUCAAGUACUACAAGAAAGACAUUGAAGAAGUUUCAACACCAGGAAAAAAGAGGAAAAAAAGGCCACAGGAAGGAAAGUCACUUGACACAGUCGACGAUUUCACAGUAAAUGCAAUCAGGAAUGCAAUUUACAGGAUGUACGCUGAAGGUUUGAAUGUUACAGUCGACACCAUUUUGAAAGAAAUCAGGGAAAGACAAAUAGAUUAUUAUGGUGGAAGAUCAAGUCUUCAUAAAUUGUUAAAGAAGAUGGGAUUUUCAUGGAAAACUGUUGAUGGACGAAAAGCUUUGAUAGAGAAUGAAAACAUAGUAUUGCAGCGAAUAGAUUUCUUGAGAAAGUAUAAAGAAGAAAAAGAAAGAGGUGCCAAUUUCAUAUUUGUUGAUGAAACAUGGAUUUUCCAGAGAGGCAAGGCAUUAAUUUAUUUGAAAAUUUGUUCUGUGGUCCAAUACAAAGUAUUUCAUUUCCAUUUCAUAUAUUUUUCAGGAACUGUAUCAAAGUCAUGGCAGGACAAGAGUCUACAAUCUGCGAAGAGACGUACUGUUGGAGAUGGUAAAAGGUUUAUUGUUGUUAAUGCUGGAGGGCGCACUGGCUUUGUGCCAGGAGCAGGAUUACUUUUUGUUUCAGGUCAGAAGACUGCAGACUACCAUGGCGAGAUGAAUGGGGAAACUUUCUUGAUGUGGUUUGAAGACAUGUUGGUGCAUCUUGAGGAACCCAGUGUCAUCAUAAUGGACAAUGCUUCAUAUCACAGCACCCAGAUGGGCGAGGUGUGUGGAUCACGUGGAGAAGCUAAUUCAAGCAGACUGGGAGAGAGAAGUCCACAUAGACAGCGGCACCAUUCCUCCACUCAUCAUCCACCUCGGCGAGGAUAGUUCAAGUGAAGACAGUGACAGCGAAGAAUUUGAGGUUACGACACAGCAAGUAGAUGGAGACAGUGAAGUACUGGCAGUUCCUCUUGAUGAUUUACCCGGGUGUUCUUAUUGAGGUCUGUAUGUAAUAAACACCUGGGCAACUGUAAGUAUUGGGGUUUGAAACAUUUUUUUUUCUUUUAUGCAUUCCCAUGAAGUAUGUUGAUUACUGGAACUUUAUGUAUUAACUUUAGAUUACACGUAUUAUGAAAUGAAUAUUAAAUUUCAUUUCUGGAUUCGUAUAGGUGUAUGUGAAACAUUUUAUUUUGUUGUGUGUCUUCAUUUUUCAGUGAACUUACUUGGAAAACAAAAAGCCAGUCCCCAUCCAGGGCCACAAAUAAAUAAUGCAUAUAAGUGGUAUAGAAAUUACUGUCAAUUCUUCACCACAAUUUUACUGUUCAUAAAAUUAUGAUUUUGUCUAAUAAGUAUACUCAGGAAAAUGUAUACAACCAUAUUUUUAUUUGUGGCCUUAACCGGCAAAAUGGUAGGGGUUUAUUAAAUAAAAGAAGAAAAUUCAUUUUUAAAUGUUUUCAUCUGAAUUUGUUAAUUUUAUUAAACCUUCAAUCCUUAGUCUUUUCCAGAUUGCUUAGAUGGACAGCCAUAUGUAUAAUUUACAAUACUUUUUUUUUCAGAUGCAGAAAACUGUGUUGAACUGUACUAAAUGAUGAUAUUUAUUGCUUACAUAAAUGUUGUAAAUUUAUAUAUUCUCCUAAAAAUUUACUUUAAAUUAUAUGUUAUUUCUUUAGCUAACAAACUUAUUUUUUAAUAUUUUUACCAUUGGGUAUCAUAAAUAAUGUUAUGAACAUAUGCAUGUAUACUUAGAUCAUAUUCAAAUUACUUAUAUAUAUAUAUACAUACAUACAUACACAAACACACACACAUUGUUUUGACAGCUGGUGAUUGUAAACAAACCAUUUGACAUUUGUCACAUGGCAAUGUUUUUGUUUACAUACGGCGGAAGGAUACAUAGUGACAUUAAAGUAGAUCCGGUGAAAAGCAGGGCUUCAGAAAAGUAGGAGGUUACCGUGGAUGGACUAU